UGAUUGUGCUUUUACCUCCAUCUCACAACAUAUUCUUAUAAGAAAUCUUUGAUUCAAAAUUGGAAGUCCUUACUUGAGGAAUUGAGGUUAUUCUUGCAAUUUACCUAUUUGACAUCGAACAGGCGGGGAACAGCAAACCAGUUAUCAAGGACGACCUAUUCGGCGACCAUCAGUUAGCUUACGACUUAUGGAAAUCGACGAUGAAAUGAUCAAAUCUAAAGGAGAAGAAGAAGAUAAGAAAAUUCCCAUAGUGGUAAUACUAGUCGGCGCACCUGGAAGUGGCAAAUCGACCUUCUGUGAUCACGUUAUGCGGGUUUCUACCCGACCCUGGGUCCGCGUUUGUCAGGACAUAAUUGGGAAUGGCAAAGCUGGAACAAAAGCACAAUGUCUAGCUAUCUCCAACACCUCGUUAAAAGAAGGAAAAAACAUACUAAUCGACAGGUGUAAUCUUGAUAAAGAACAACGUGCAGAUUUUGUCAACCUUAAAAACUCUCAUCAAGUAGACAUACACGCCAUUGUUCUUGAUCUUCCUGCAAAGCUUUGUAUCUCUCGAUGUAUAAAUCGAACUGGACAUGAAGGAAACUUACAAGGUGGAAGAGCUGCAGCUGUGGUCAACCGUAUGCUUCAAAAGAAAGAAUCACCCAAAAUCAACGAAGGGUUUACACGAAUAACAUUUUGUUACAAUGAAAACGAUGUUCAAUCUGCCAUGGAUACUUAUGGAUCACUUUCUUCCAUAAAUACCCUUCCAUCCGGCUGUUUUGGAGAGAAAAAAACCGAUUCUAAAGUCCAAGUUGGUAUUAUGAAGUUCUUGAAAAGAGUAGAUGCUCCAAGUAAACUAGCAUCCGACAAAACUGACAAAACUACCCCUGGGACAUCAAAUGAUAAUACCACUCAAGAAAACCAUCCUGUUAAUGAAGGUAAAGAGAAAAAAAUACCCUUUGAGAGUGGGACCCAUGAUGGGGUCCCAACUUUGGCAUUUCCUUCUAUAUCCACGUCAGAUUUUCAAUUUAAUAUUGAAAAGGCUUCUGAAAUAAUAGUUGAGACAGUUGAGGAAUUUGUGAACAAGAUUGGAAAUGGGAGGCUUGUUUUGGCGGAUUUGUCUCAUGGAUCAAAGAUAUUAUCUUUGGUGAAAACUAAAGCUGCUAAAAAGAAUAUUGACUCAAAAAAGUUUUUUACUUUUGUGGGAGAUAUUACAAAGCUUCACUCAGGAGGCUUAAAGUGCAAUGUUAUAGCCAAUGCUGCAAACUGGAGACUAAAACCUGGUGGUGGAGGUGUAAAUGCUGCCAUAUUUGAUGCUGCGGGACCCGAUUUAGAUACUGCAACUAAACAACGAGCUGGAUCUCUUACCCCUGGAAAAGCAAUCACUAUCCCUCUUCCUUCAACAUCUCCUUUGUUUUCUAAAGAAGGUGUGACACAUGUCAUACAUGUUCUUGGCCCAAAUAUGAAUCCAAAAAGACCAAAUUGCCUCAAAGAUGACUAUCAAAAGGGAUGUAAAGUUCUUAAGGAGGCUUACGUGUCUCUUUUUGAAAACUUUGAAUCUAUUGUGAGAAAUCAAGAGAAGUUAUGUGAACAUUUUGAUGGUGUUUUGAAUAGUGGUGUUGAGAAGGUUAGGAGAGAGGAUGAUGGCGUAUGUGACACUGAGAAAAAUAAGAAAUUUAAAGGUUUUGUGGAAGAAAAGGAGAAUGAGGACAUGGGUGGAAAGGUGAAUAAGGAUUGGGGUUCGUGGGCUCAAGCACUUUAUAAAAUCGCUAUGCAUCCUGAGAAACAUGGGAAUGGUGUUAUUGAAAUAUUGGAUGAUGUUGUGGUUUUGAAUGAUGUUUACCCAAAGGCACAAAAGCAUGUUUUGGUGGUUGCUCGAGUUAAAGGUCUUGAGGGGUCUUGCAAAUGUAGGUGAGGAACACCUUCCUAUAUUAAGAACAAUGCAUGAUGUGGGUUCGAAGUGGGCUCAAACAUUUUUAAAGGAAAAUGAAUCAUUGGUAUUUCGCCUUGGAUACCAUUCGGCGCCUUCAAUGAGACAACUACACCUUCAUGUGAUAAGCCAAGAUUUUGACUCUAAACAUCUCAAGAACAAGAAGCAUUGGAACUCAUUCAAUUCUUCAUUUUUUCGGGAUUCUGUGGAUGUGAUUGAAGAAGUGAGGGAAGAGGGGAAACCUAGUUUAAACGAUGAUGAGAAAUUCAUGUCGAUGGAGUUGAGAUGCAACCGGUGUAGAAGCGCACACCCUAACAUUCCUCGCCUCAAAUCACAUAUUGCUAUUUGUAAAUCACCCUUUCCUGAAAAUUUACUGCAAAAGGGUCGCUUGUUGCAUGCUCCCACAAAAGUAUAAUCUCCUUUCCCCUAGUUUUGUGUUAUAA